UACUGUUGUUCAGUUCAGUGUGUAUGUGUAUUUGUGUUAACUCACUGCAUUGUCAUAGUAGUGACUUGUGUCUAAUGAUUAUUUUUGUUCCUGGAGCGAUCCGUGUUUCGUUUAAUCGUAAUCGUAGUUUAUGAGAAAUAAUUACAUAAAUUGUCAACGUGCUCCUGUUCACCCACUCACUAGGACUGUAGCCACGAAAAGUAUUAAAAAGUUGUGAUUUUCGAUCAUGUCUAAUUAACGUAUUUUUAUCCAUCACGACAAAGUAUACAAAAAGUAAUGGACGAAAAUAAAGACAAAAACGGAAUGGUGGCCGAUUUUCAGGCCAUUACCGGUAUAGAUAAUGUUGGUGAAGCUCUCAUGCAUUUAUCCAACUGCAAUUGGGACCUAUUGGCUGCUGUCCAGCAUGUCACACCACAGCACACUCAACAUUUGCCAUCUGAAGGUCAUACUUAUCGGCCAGAUGUGCCUACAGUGACAAUUGCAGACGAUUUUAUAGAUAUGACAGCAUCGACUUCAAAUGGGAAUCGCCGUGUAUUGAACAUAGAGAUUGAACAAAAUAAUCGUAUUAUUACAACGUUAAAAGUCAAUGAUGGGUCUACUGUUGAUGACAUCAAAGUAUUAGUUUAUGCCGAAAGUGCUAUUCCAUGCUGCCAACAAAAUUUUAGUGGUUGGCCGAACAAUCAUUCCCCUUCAAAUAAAGAUAUUCUCUCCAAAUUUAACUUGCCAGAUAGAUUUAAACUAACUUUAACUACUGGCAUUGGUGAUUCAAGCCAAGAGUGUAAUGGAAGAGCUAAAGAAAAGAUGUACACUUUAAACAUUACAAUGGAAGCCACUAGUACAAGCCAAUAUAAAGUUUAUAAACUUACAUUCCCAUCUUAUAAGACAGUCCAAGAAGUUAAAGAGCGUGUAGCUGAUUUGACUAAACUAUCAAUUAUUAAUCAACAAUGGAUCGGGUGGCCUCAUUUUGUGACACCUACUACGACUUUGGAAGAAUCUCAUAUAAAUCAUCCGGUCCAUGAUUUCAAACUGAAACCAUCAAACUCUGUUCCUCGACACACUAGAAGAACUUACAAUACUAGAUUAAAUUCUGUUGUGGAUAUGGAAACAAGUGAUUCUCCAAUGCCUUCAUCAUCGACUUCCUCUUCGUCCACAUCUUCUUCAUCUUCUGAAGAAUAUCCAUUUGAAGAUGCUGCAGAAUCUUUAAGCGGCAUUGAUGAUGAUGAUGAUGAAGAUGCUAUGUUUAUGGAUACUGAAAUAACAAAUAGAAUACGGCCAUUAAUAUCUGAAGACAUUGAUGAUGAACUCGCUGGAGCUAUUCAGUUUGUUGAAGAAUUUCAAAAUCGUUAUGGUGAUGUAAGACCAGAUUUCUUUUUAGGAACACUUGACCAAGCUAUUAAAAUAGCAUGUUUUAAACCGGCUAAAGAUAAACGCUUGUUGGCUGUUUAUUUACACCAUGAUCGCAGUGUAUUAUCAAAUGUAUUUUGUACACAACUCUUAUGUUUUGAAUCCGUUGUUCAGUAUCUUAAUGCGAAUUUCCUUGUAUGGGGAUGGGAUAUGACACACACAUCUAACAGGAAUAGAAUACUAAGAUCUGCAUCCCAAGCUCUUGGUCAAAUGGCUGAAGUAACAUUGAGAGCUAUUGACGUUAAUAGAUUACCAGCUUUAGUAUUGAUUACACGUAAUCGAUCCAACACUGAAAUUUUAUCCGUUAUAAAUGGUGACUGCAACAUAAGUGAAUUGUUGUCGAGCCUUAUAAAUGCUCAAGAAAUGUUUGCUAUGCAACAACAGGUGGAAAUCAAGGAAGAAGGGGAACGAAAUAUGAGAGAAAUGAUUAAAGUGGAACAAGAUGAAGCUUACCAACAGUCUUUAGCUAUAGAUCGAGCAAAAGAAGAAGCUAAAAAAAUGCAGGAGAUGGAAGAAGAAGCCAUCAGAUCUCAAAUUGAACACCAAGAAAGACAAGUUGCUGCGGAAAAACAAGCUAUAAAACAACGUAUUGAAGCUUCUCUUCCAGCAGAACCAGGACCUGGCGAUCAAGUAGCCAAGAUAAGGUUUAGAUUACCACUUGGGAAAUUUUUGGAAAGGAGGUUUUUGGCAACAGAAAGCCUACAGGUUUUAUUUGAUUAUCUUUAUGUCAAUGGCUUCAGUCAAGAGGAAUUCAAAGUUAUAUCAAGCUGGCCGAGGAGAGAUUUAACAACAUUAAAUGCAGCACAAACAAUGAAAGAACUAAAUCUUUACCCGCAAGAGACAUUAAUUCUUGAAGAACGAUAAUUGUCUUCUAUUGUAAAAUUUACAUCUGUAUAAAAAAAAUGUAUUUGUCUUACAUAUGGUUUUUUUAAUUAUUAUUAUUUAAUUUAAAAUAUUAGAUGAUUGUUUAUUAUUAUUAAAGAAUAUAUAAUUUUAAUGCUUUUAA